AUGACGACCCUCCUUUCCGCAUUGAGGACAACUGCUUGCAGCUCAUCCUCAUUGAACGCCACUUCCCCUUCGGCAUUAUACAGGUUCUCUUUACGUCGAAACUCUCCCCACUGAUCAGGCGAUAUCUUCUUCAGGCUCGGCAUCUUGAACUUAUAAACCUUCCAUACAUGCGCAAUGCGUUCGCGUUCAGGGCGAACCCUAUCCUUCCUGCCAAACUCGUUCUUGUCAUACUCAUUUUCAGCGAUGACAGCUUGCUUGAAACUCCGCCUACAAUCCACACAAACGAAUUUGGGACGAUAUGGGUUUAGGCAUGAAGCACGGCCCUUCCAUGCUUGCAGGCUCUCUGCGUCACCACGUGGGGGUCCGAAGGUGUAUCGUUCGUGCUGAAUGAUGUCUUCGUAACUGUCUUCGCGAUAUGGACAACAUCCUUUACCGCAUCCCCGGAUUUGGUAAGGUCCAACACGACAUCCUAUGAGCCGAGCUCGAUCGUGGCUAGGUUGUCGGUUGACAGUGUAUUCGGCGUUAGCGAUCGUUUAUAUUGCAGCCGAUGUCACUUUGGUUGCAAGGUGUGGUAGUGGUCAAACGUUUGAUUGGAAAAUAGGCUUGAUGUUGACUUCACGAGUCACGACGACGGUCCCGAUAUCACGAGCGCUCAAUGAUUCUCCCCUUUUCAUUUAGUUCUCGUGGUCAAUGCGGCUGGGAGGAGCUUCAUCCUCUAUAGUUGGAAGAUCCGUCGGGACUUUCGUAUCUCCAUGCGAUUGCUGCGGCAUCUCUGGGCAAUACGGUCGCCCUGGACUUUGUUUAUUCAGUCGACGAGUUUCUUAUGCAGCAAACAUUUUGCGUGAAACAGGUACGACCAUACGAGUCAGGAUGAAAAGGAGGGGCCUUAUUUUUCGGAUGUGCCCGAAUCUUCUGUUCAUGAGUUCAAGCCCGUCAGGCAAUUGUACAGGUCAUGAAUACUACGUGAAGGCUCUUCGGAUAGUUUGUGAAGAGUCCAUCCAUGAGCUGUGCGAGUCCUCAAUCAAAGACCCUUAGAUGUGCCUAGUUGUGCCCAAAGGGUUGGAUUUGCGGCCGGGAGCAUCGUAUGACAGAUAGUCAUGGUUGACAUUGGGCUCAACUGUCAAACUAGGCCGCUUGUCUUACGAUGGACAGAUGUCGGUAUGUCAGAACCGUUGGAAUAGCCUCCUGCUUAGCUAUCAGUCUUCUGAAGAUGGCGGAUGCGCCGAAGCGCCAACCACACCAAAUCAAGGCGUCUUGCCUGG